CGCAGUUUGUUGAGUGAAAUACCCAAAAUGGAUCUGCGCUUGGCCAUAUCAAGUGCGGCCAUUAUUUUAUGUUUCAUUUGCAGCCCCCAAGAAGCAGACGGACAUAAUACUUUAUCGCACGCCAAAAGAUCUCGGUCUGUUCGCGAAAUAAACGAAUUGGACUAUGAGGACUACGAGACUGAGAGCGAGGAGAAGCCUGCGGUCGCUCCACAUCCAGGCAUGUGCUUCAUGUGGAGUGACUCGCAUGUGAAAACCUUCGACGGCGAAAUCUUCAGCUUCAAGUCACCAUGCGCUUUUACGUUAAUAAGCGACAACGUCGACAACACGUUCAGUAUUAACGUAGAAGAGGCCGCGGAAUGCGCCGAGGGACCAGACCACUGCUACAAAGUCAUUAAGAUAUACCUGCAGAAUAGGGAGUACAUUUUGAGUCGUACAUAUGACGGACUUCCCGUUCUUACCAACAAUGGAAAGAGCCUUCCCAUUCCAAGCCGACUACCUGGUCUCAUCACCGACAUAUCAGCCCAUUACAUUAUCGCCAGCAUCGACGUUCUGGGUCUGCGAUUGAGAUGGGACACCCAAUCAUUUAUCCAGGUGGACGUCGGCGAGCGGUUGUGGAACAAGACGUCGGGACUCUGCGGCUUGUACGACGGUGACGAGUACAAUGACUUGAUCGGUAGAAAUGGACUGUUCUUCAAGAAUAUCGCGACGUUGGUUAAGAGCUGGCAGGCGGAUCCCGUUGGAGUCACCUGCGAGGACCAACCGGAACAAGAGGAUUUGUGUACAAGGGCCACGUUAAAAUCAUCCGCCCAGAACUUUUGCACGCAGAUACUGAAUGACAAACGGUUCGAAGCUUGUAGAAAGGCCAUAGAUCACCGACUACUGAUGAAAGCUUGCAUGUGGGACUACUGCGCGUGUACCGAUUCGAAUCCCGAGAACUGCGCAUGCGAUACGUUGGACGUGCUCGCCCGAGUGUGUCAGCACGAGCGGUUGGUUCCCUCGCUCAAUUGGAGAACCGAAAGUUCUUGCCCGUUCAAGUGUACCGGCGGAAAGGUCUACAUGCCCUGCGGACCCAGCGGUGGCCAAAUCGUCUGCGGGGGUCUUUCGGAGAAAUUGACCACUGGUGUGUGCGAGGAAGGAUGUUAUUGUCCCGAAGGAACCGCCUAUCACAAUUCGAGGUGUAUACCAGUGGACAAGUGCCCCUGUAUGAACGCGGGGAAGGAUUUUACAACUGGCAGUACAGUACAGAGUGACUGCAACACAUGCACGUGUAACAGCGGGAAGUGGGCUUGCACAGAUAAAAUUUGCAACGCCCGUUGCUCAAUUUUGGGAGAUCCCCAUUACAUGACAUUUGAUGGAUCCCGAUACGACUUCAGAGGGCAGUGCUCUUAUAUGCUAGUUCAACAUUCCAAUUUUACCAUCGAAGCCAAAAAUUCGUUCCAUGGCAACCGAGAGACUCAACUGGAUCUUUUCAUGACAAGUGCUUUUGUAAAAUCGCUAGUAAUCAACAUUCACGGACACUCUAUAAAGCUUAGACACGAUCAGGAGAUAAGCGUAGAUGGAGAGGAUAUCGCCAAGUUCCCGGUCGACUUAAAUGGCUUUGGCGUGGUGAUCAGACGGGCUUCUUCCGAAUUUUUCGUCGUGGAACUACCCAACGAGGUCUACAUCUUCUGGAACGGACCCACCAGCACCGCAUAUAUUGACGUCCCUCCAACUUUCUUCGGAGAAACUAAGGGUCUGUGUGGUACUUACAACCAGAAUCAACGGGAUGACUUUUUGACACCGGACGGAGAUGUGGAGCACAACGUCAUACCGUUCGCCAACAAGUGGAAGAUGAACGAAAAGUGCGAAGACGUCGUCGAGAAGGUAGAAACGGAUCCUUGCUCCCUCAAUAUGCAAUACGCCCAAGCCGCCCAAGAAUAUUGCCAAAUGAUUAAGUCGGCAAUAUUUCGAGAUUGCGUCUGGUUGGUGGAUCCGGAGACCUACUACAAGAACUGCAUGUUCGACGUCUGCGCGUGCGCCGACGGAAACCUACACUCCUGCAUCUGCCCUACGAUCUCGGGUUACGCGACCGCCUGCGCUCACAAGGGAGUCGCCGUGAGUUGGCGGGAUAUCGUUCCGCAUUGCGGCUUAAAUUGCACGACCGGAUUGGUAUACCAUCCCUGCGCGAACUCGUGCGAAAGGACCUGCGCCGACAUACAUACGGAAUCGAAUUGUAACGCCAAGUGUAUCGAAGGGUGCGGUUGUCCUGACGGUAAGGUGUUGGAUUCGGAAGGUAUCUGCGUGGAGAAGACGAAGUGCGGGUGCAAAGAGAAUGGGGUCGUGUUCGAAGAUCAGUACAAGGAAAUUCGCGAGGACGAAGGAGUACUCACUUUGUGGUAA